UUUGUGUGAGAGGAGGCUGCGAGGGGAGGGGCGAUCUGAGAGCGGCGCGGGCACUACUAGAACGUGAUUGGAGCCAGAGCUGAGCUCAGAUGAGCCGGACAUGUCUCUGCGCUCGCUGCUCUCUGUCUCCCCAAUGCAGCGCUGCGUCCUAGCGCCCGGCCCGCUCUCUGCGCUACUGCUGCUGUCGCGCACUUGAACUGUGUGAGUGGAUCUGUCUUCAUGGAAGCCAUGUCACCCAAACAGGACACUGUGUCACAGAGCCGCUCUUCUUCUCUCACCGGGGAGCCGCGCAUCUCCGCACAGGCUGACAGUAAUAAGAAGAUGAAGAGCUUGGCACAAAGACGUCAGUCCGCACCAUCUCUCGUCCUGAGCAAAGCACUUAAAUCGAGAACCAUAAACAAGGAAAGCUGCUUCUCUCCUGUGAGCCCAGAAACAUGUCCUCUGGUACAAGCAUUCCUCUGCUCCACCAGACUCUUUGUAGCCUACAGCCACGUGCAGCUCAAGACUGGUCUGCAGACCCAGGACCGUCAUCUCUUCCUCUUCACAGACAUCAUGAUUAUAGCAAAGUCCAAGUCUCCAUCUAACUUUAAACUGAAACAUCACAUGCGAGUGAGUGAAAUGUGGAUGGCAUCCUGCAUGGAAGAGGUGUGCGAGGGCAGUACUUGCCCCGAGAGGUCAUUUGUCAUUGGCUGGCCAGUCACAAACUGUGUGGCAACUUUCAGUACUCCGGAGGAGAAGGAAAAGUGGCUGGCACUUCUGCAAAGACAUAUCAAAGAAGAGAAAGAAGGUGACCGAAUGAAGACCAUCCCUUUGAAGAUCAUCACUAAAGAUCUCGGAAAUUGUGCCUAUUCCAAGGUUCUAACCAUCAGCAAUGAGGACACCGUAAACGACAUUAUCAAAAUGGCUCUUCUACAGUUUGGAGCUGAGGGCUCAGACGCAGAUUAUCGCUUGUGGGUCACCUCUGGCAAAGAUGAAGCACCUUAUCCUCUUAUUGGACAUGAGUACCCAUUUGGGAUUAAAAUGAGCCAUGUCCGUGGCACCUUACCGCAAAUACAAGGCUUGAAGGACAUGGACUGUCCCUUGGAUCUACAAGGCCCCUUCCUCAUGGAGCAUCUCCCUAGAGAAAUGCAGUGUCAGUUCAUACUGAAGCCCUGCCGCCUGGCUCCUUGCCACCCACUCGCUGAUCUGAGCCAGAAGCCGUUUAAAAGAAAGAGGUCGAUCAUAAACUGGACCUUUUGGCGCGGGUCCAAUUCUCAGUUGGACAAUAUACCGACAUCUCCAACAUCUUUCGCUCCUGGAAUGCUGUUUGGCCUUUCACUGGUUAAUAUCUGUCCAAAUGACAACAUUCCCAAGCCCGUCAUGGAUAUGUUGUCUGUUCUUUGUCAAAAUGGACCUUUCACAAGAGGCAUCUUCAGGCGGUCGGCUAAUGUCAAGUCCUGCAGAGAAAUGAAGGAACGCCUUGAUUCGGGGUGCGAAGUUAACGUUGAACGCGAAUCUAUACUUGUCACUGCUUCUGUGUUUAAGGAUUUUCUUCGUAACAUACCAGGGAGUAUUUUCUCAUCCAAACUGUAUGAGAAGUGGGUCUCCAGCCUGGAUUAUGAAAGUCAAGAAGACAAGAUCAAAGCCAUUAAAAUGUUAAUCGAGACUCUUCCAUCAAUCAAUAUUCUUUUACUGCGAUAUGUGUUUGGAGUCUUAUACUGCAUCCAACAGCGUUCUGAGAGCAACCAGAUGUCCGCCUUCAAUUUAGCCGUUUGCAUUGCCCCCAGCCUGCUUUGGCCGCCCACCCCUUCAAGUCCAGAGAUUGAGAGCGAAUUCACCAGAAAGGUGGCUCUGUUCGUUCAGUUUAUGAUUGAAAAUUGCCGCAUGAUUUUUAAAGAGGACAUUUCCCUGUUAUACGCCAGCUUGUCAACAAAGGAUGAGAGCAGAGAUGAAAAUUCAGAUAUCUGCUCAUUCAAGCUUACAGACUCCUCAUAUGACAGCCUGGAGAAUGAACUGAAUGAUGAUGUAGAUUCUCCUUUCAGUGGUCUGGCCAAAAAGUGCAGCCCUGACAACAGGAGCAGAGAUUCUGUUUUGACGUUAAGCGAUUGUGAUCUCGACCAUCCAGAUGCUGAGGAUGCGCCGACCAAACACUUGCUGGAGUCUCAACCAUUCAGGGUGGCCAUCGCUUUUCCUCACAGUUCCGUGUCACGUGAGCAGUCUGAAAAUGAAUCCCUCUGUUCCAAUACUUCUGGUUACUCGUCCGCCACAGUGUCCGAUGCUCUAAAGGAUGGCAGAAGGGACAGGCGUUGUUCUGAGCCAGCCAUAGGGAUCCUUGUGUCUAGAUUCAUGAAGCUCAAUGAGUCUCCUCAUGAGGGUGCUACAUACAAGACAAGCUGUGAUGCUCUUCUGUCCAACUCUGGAGACGAUUACCUGAAGCAGCAUAGGGAUUUACAAGUAGAAGGACAAAAGCUUAUUAACCGCAGUCUGAUUUUGGGGAUUGAUGUAAGUAAAAGCUUAAGCAAGAAGCAAACACCAGAGAAGAAGAGCACUCCCAAUAGACUCUUGCCACCUCCUUCCAUGAGGUUAAACACAUGUUCUCAGACUAGUUGCUCAAGUUUGUCUUCUCCUGGAACUUCCCCAUCAGGUUCUUCUCUGAGUUCCUUAGACAGUGCUUUCUCUCAGUUUUCAGAUUAUUCGGCUUUGACUCCCAACGAAGUGCCUUCCCCACUGGAAUGCACCUUCAGGUCUUGUAAGAAACAAGGAAAUAUCACUCCAGACUUCCUAAGCUCUGGCUCUUUUUCAGGUUUUACAUUGGAUGAAGAUAUCAAACAGACUUACAGUGACAGCGGAAAAGAUACUGACUUGGCACAGCACAAAACCCCUGCUGGCAUUCACCCCGGUACAUGGUUAAAAAACGGCACAUCGACUGUCAAAAACUGGUCACUGAGACGAAGGGAAAAAGCAAACAAACUGGAUGUAAAAAACAAAGCAGAUGUCACUAUAAAUUCUGAAAGGCUACAACCAGACACGUCUAAGAUUUCAGAACGUCCAGUACUUCAGGAGCAAAUAAUGGUGCCAAAAGAUGAUUUGGAAACCCAGCAUCUUUUGGCAGUACAAAAAUCUGAAGACAUUGUAAAAGAUACUAAUGUGAGUGUUUCUCUGUUUUGUGAAGGAUCUAGUGGAAGGAGAAGUGCCUCCAGGCAUGUUCUAAGACACAAUGUUAUUAUUGAUAAAAAUGGUAAUGGGGAACAUCAAGUGGAAUGCAGCUCCUUCCUUAUGCCAUCUCCUGUGUCUAUAAACAUGGAAAUAUCUGCACUUAGCCCCCACACGUGUUGUUUUGCACAGGAAAGUACUUUAAUUCCUCAGUCCUACAGACAAAAAACCAGUAACAGCUCUAACGCAGAACAAGCUCUUCUCUUAAACCACAAUCAAAAAGGCCCCGCCGAGCGUGUGACCCAUAUCUCUGGCGAAGAACUUUCUUCUGUAAAGGAAGAGUCAACCAAAUCCACAAUUGGCAGCUUUCGGGUCGCCAGCUUAAAAAGAAAUAAGGUUUUGCCGUCCAAUAUAGACACUGGAUUUAAAAUGGUCAAUUGUGACUUGGAGAAAAACUUUUGCGUGUCUCCAAAAUCUACGACCACUACAGCAAGCUUUGCCUUUCAGUUAGAUAGCCAGAAGCACAUUAGAAGCAGCCAUGAAAGUGGCCGGAGCAGCAGAGAAUGUCAGGCAAAGCGGUGCAGUGAUCCCAAGUUUGAAGACAUUGACCAAAGAUUUUUUACUGAGGAGUCUUACGUGUAAUGGAUGGGAUUACAUACAUGUAGAGGUCCUCACUGCCAUAUGUUGGUGUUGAAUCUGCCUGACUUUAAAAAAAAAAAAAGCACUUGUCGGUGUUGUUUUUCAAGAUAGAAAUGCAAAAAAAAACUAUUUUAAAGGGAUACUGUCAUGGGAAAAAAAAAAUUCUAAAUGAAUCAGUUAAU